CCGACUAGAAUACACCUCUCGCCUGCUCACAGCGCAUUCAGCAUCUUUGCCAGAGCAGCGUGUUAGAGCUGCACGGAGAGAGAGAGAGACGUGUCAGUAUAACAAGUUCAUUCUCAAAUAAGGCUAAAAUACAUUCGGAUCUAAAAGUAGAUAAAACUGGAGCUUGAAUCCCCCCUGCUAUCCAGAGGAUAGGAAUACAUUAUGUUUAUCAAACAAGGAGGACCUUUCUUUCUGAUGGGAAGCGACGAGUGUGACUGAUUGAACAUAAUGACGACGGCAGACAAGCGGACCAUCCCCCACAGGAAUCGAAGUUCGCCCAGCAAAUUUCCACUUUUUCUGGUCCCAUUCCCCUGAGGAUAUGCUGACCUAUGCAUAUGCAGCCUGCGUGACAUCUCCGAACUGGGAAAACUGAAAGGUUGCUACUCUCUGCCAAGGACGACAACAAGCGAAACCGCUGCUUCGGAGGACUCGCAAUAAGCAGAAAAACACCCUGUUGUCAUAACAAAUGCUUUCGUGUUUGUGAAUUUAAUGCCUGUAACACCAUACCCCAUAAGGACCAAUUACUAGCAAAGAGAGCAGGACCAAGAUGAAAGAUUUGCUGUUUGCUGUUUGUUUGCUAGUGGGACUUGUGCUGACUAACUCAGCUCAGACCUCUGAGUGGAAAGUUGUGUGCCUCAAACUGUGUAAAUGUGAAGUCCGACCCUGGUUCUCUCCUUCAUCCGUGUAUAACGAGGCACCGACUGUGGAUUGUAAUGAUCUAGAACUUGUGUCCCUGCCAGAGAGGUUGCCCACAGAUACACAAGUACUCCUAGCGCAGGCUAAUGACAUUGCAAAAAUCGAUAUUCCCCUGAAUUAUCUGGUCAACCUGACUGAGGUAGACCUAUCUCGAAACAAUAUAUCCUCCCUAAGCAAUAUUAAAUUAGGUCACCUUCUACAACUUCUGUCUUUACAUCUAGAGGAAAACUGGCUAAGCAGCCUUGAAGGAAGUUGUUUUGCACACUUUCCAAACCUACAGGAACUCUACGUUAACCAUAACCUGCUCUCUUUGAUCAGUGCUGAUGCUUUUCAAGGGCUUAACAAGCUUCUGAGGCUUCAUCUUAAUACAAACCAGCUGAGGGCCAUAAGAACAGAGUGGUUCCGUGAUCUUUCCCAGCUAGAAAUCUUGAUGAUAGGAGAGAAUCCAAUUGCCAGAAUACAAGACAUGAAUUUCAAGCCCCUUAUCAAUCUCCGCAGUCUCGUGCUAACCAGAAUGAACCUCACGGAAAUCCCUGACAAUGCUCUGGUUGGUCUCGAUAAACUUGAGAGCAUAUCGUUUUAUGACAACAUGUUCCCAAAAGUACCUCAAGCUGCUCUUAGAAAAGUGCGGAACCUCAAGUUCCUGGAUCUUAACAAGAAUCCCAUAGAGAGGGUCCAAAGGGGUGACUUUGCGGACAUGAUCCAUCUAAAAGAACUCGGCAUUAACAGCAUGCCAGAUUUAGUUUCAAUCGACAGCUUCGCCGUACACAACCUGCCAGAGUUGACCAAGAUUGAAGCAACAAACAACCCCCGGCUUUCCUACAUCCACCCAAAUGCAUUCUCUAAACUUCCCAGGCUCGAGUCAUUGAUGCUGAAUAGCAAUGCACUUAGGGCACUUCACCGCAUCACGGUCGAGUCCCUGCCUAACCUGCAGGAAGUAAGCAUGCACUCCAACCCCAUUUAUUGUGACUGCGUCAUCCGCUGGAUCAAUAUGAACAAGACCAAGGUCCGCUUCAUGGAACCCGGUGCACUCUUCUGUGCGGGGCCCUCAGAGUUUGAAGGUCGUCUAGUCAGACACGUACACUUUCGUGAAAUGGCAGAUAUCUGCCUACCACUAAUAUCCCCUGAAAGCUUGUCCGAUCGUGUCAACGUGGACACCGCGCAUUCGGUAUCCAUGCACUGCAGGGCACUGGGAGAUCCCGAACCUGAAAUCUACUGGGUCACGCCUUUGGGUGAAAAGAUCUCACCCCAAACGGUGUCCAACAAGUACAACCUACACCCUGAGGGCACGUUUGACAUAUAUGACAUCACAGAAAACGAUGCUGGGGAGUACACCUGCGUGGCUCAAAAUCUCAUCGGCUCAGACAUAAGAUCAGUCUCAGUGGUGGUAAACGGGUACUAUCCAAAGCCGACAAACAAAUCUCUGCACUUACAAGAGAACGGGACUGAGCCACGUUCUAUAAAGAUUUCAUGGGUUCCACCCAAGGGCAGCCUUGUGUCUAAUAUCAAGUGGUCGACUGCAUCGAAACGUCCCACUAUGCAGCUUAAGGCCCAAGUGUCGUCACGUGUUGCCACGUUCAACCUCACACAGUUAAACCCAUCGACGCAGUACACGGUGUGUGUGGAAAUUACAGACCUCCGGAGCAGACAUUUGAAAAACUGUGUGAACAUUAGCACGACGGAGGAGCUGGUUUCAGCACAAGAUACAGACGGUGGAAUUGAUGUGAUAGUCAGCAUUACAGCGCUGCUUCUGAUAGUGUCUGCAGUGACCUGUUCGUUCAUCUACAUGGUGCGGAGGAGUAAUCACCUUUACAGCAAAUUAAACCAUCAGAAGCCUGAGCUACCAACUUCACGCAUAAAACCAAUUUGGGGGUCAAGGGCUAAAGCCAUUGAUUCAGGAACAGACUUGAUGAAGACCCCCAUUUGAAAGAUGCAAGUUUCAGACGUGAGGGAAACAGAAUGGUGACUGAAUAUCUCGAUCUGAUACAGACUGGACCAUUAUGAAACAGAAUCAGCGUGCUUUGUGGUUAAGACUUUUCCUGUUAGAUCUGAAACCGAUUGCCAAAAAGCCACUAAUUGUUUAAAUGUCACACUACACCGGGGAAUAUAAAGAGAACCCAUAUCUCGCGCAGGAUCAAAUAACAGCACAUGAAAGGUCGUGCCUGACUGUUUACACAGAGCGCAAAGCCUAACCGGCCGAGUCUUUUUAUUGUGCGAUUAAAGCAACACUACUUGUGCGAUGUGAUUGGUAAAAUAAACAAUGUCAAGUUUAUGAUGGACUACGCUUUGUAGAAUAGGUCAUAACAGUACACGUGUACAACACUUUGUGAUAAAAUACAUUUAUACUGAAAAGGACAA